AUGUCACAGGCCGCCGAUGACCCGUUCCAUUACGACGAAGAUUCACCACUCAACCCCAACGGUCCCAACUUCAGCGCAAGAGAAUGGGUCAAAUCCAUGUACAAGAUGAAUCAGAGAGAGGGUGUACAGCAACGCACUGCUGGUAUCGCUUUCAAGAACCUGAACGUUCACGGUUUCGGUGCCGAAUCAGACUACCAGAAGACUGUUUCCAACAUUGCAUUUGAGGCUGUCAGCGGAAUCAAAAAGUUGAUGGGUCUUUCAAAGCCAAGGAGAAUUGAUAUCCUUCGCGACUUCGAGGGUGUCGUCAACCCUGGCGAGAUGCUUGUCGUUCUUGGUCCUCCUGGUUCUGGAUGCUCGACUUUCCUUAAAACCUUGACUGGAGAGACCCACGGCUUCAACGUUGACGAGAAGUCAUAUCUCAACUACCAGGGUAUCGAAGCCAAGGAUAUGAACACCAAAUAUCGUGGUGAAGCCAUCUACACUGCUGAGGUCGAUGUACAUUUCCCCAAUAUGACAGUAGGCGACACACUGUACUUUGCAGCUCGCGCUCGCGCUCCCAAGACUGUUCCUGGUGGUCUGACCAAGGUCAAGUGGGCUGAAGCAAACAGAGACGUGAUCAUGGCUACAUUUGGUAUCUCGCACACCAUCAACACUCGCGUUGGUAACGACUUCAUUCGUGGUGUUUCUGGUGGUGAGAGAAAGCGUGUUUCGAUUGCUGAAGCUGCUUUGAGCGGUGCUCCUCUCCAAGCUUGGGACAACUCGACUCGUGGUCUUGACAGUGCCAACGCUGUUGAGUUCUGUAAGACACUUCGUCUUUCUUCAGAGUUCUUCGGUAGCACUCCCAUGGUUGCCAUCUACCAAGCACCUGGUGCUGCUUACGACCUCUUCGACAAGGUCAUCGUCCUCUACGAGGGACGUCAGAUCUUCUUCGGUCACACCACUGAAGCAAGAGCAUACUUCGAGGGUCUUGGUUUCCACUGCCCCGACCGUCAGACCGAUGCCGAUUUCCUUACCUCCAUGACCUCGCCUCAAGAGCGUGUUGUUCGCCAGGGCUGGGAGAGCAGAGCACCCAGAACCCCUGAUGAGUUCGCCGCUUGCUGGAAGGCUAGCCCUCAGCGUCAACGCCUAAUGCAAGAGAUCGACGAGUUCGACAGAAAGUACCCCUUCGGAGGAGAAUCGACUGAAGCGUUUGCCGCCUCGCGUAAGGCUCAGAAGGCCAAGGGUCAGCGUGUCGGCUCCCCAUACACUCUCUCUUACGCUCAGCAAGUCAAGCUGUGUCUCUGGCGUGGUUUCCGCCGCCUGAUAGGAGACCCCAGUUUAACCUUCACUCAACUCAUCGGUAACUUCAUCAUGGCUCUGGUCAUUGGCUCACUCUUCUACAACCUUGACGACGGCACCGACUCUUUCUACAGCAGAGGUGCUCUUCUCUUCUUUGCUAUCUUGAUGAACGCUUUCGGUUCGGCUCUCGAAAUUUUGACCCUCUACGCACAGAGACCCAUCGUCGAGAAACACUCUCGAUAUGCUCUAUACCAUCCGUCUGCCGAAGCUUUCGCCUCUAUGCUUACUGACAUGCCAUACAAGAUCAUGAACGCCAUCAUCUUCAACUUGACCCUCUACUUCAUGACCAACCUGCGUCGCACACCCGGAGCGUUCUUCUUCUUCCUGCUCGUCUCUUUCUUCCUGACAUUGACCAUGAGUAUGCUGUUCAGAACUAUUGCUUCAGUCUCUCGUACUCUUUCGCAGGCUAUGGCUCCUGCAGCUAUCCUGAUUUUGGCCAUUGUCAUCUUUACCGGUUUCACAAUUCCUACCCGUUACAUGCUCGGCUGGAGUCGAUGGAUCAACUACCUCGAUCCUGUCGCUUACGGGUUCGAAGCUCUCAUGAUCAACGAGUUCCACCACAGAGACUUCCCUUGCUCAGCACCUGUGCCCACCUAUGGAACCUACGACCAAGGAACUCAGGUCUGCAACGUUGUUGGUGCCGUCGCUGGUCAGAACUUCGUCAGCGGAGAUGCUUACAUCAACUCUUCGUUCCAAUACUACCACAGCCACAAGUGGCGUGACUUCGGUAUCGUCAUCGCCUUCAUGGUUGGUCUCAUGUUCGCCUACUUGGGUGCUACUGAGUUGAUCUCUGCCAAGAAGUCUAAGGGUGAGGUUCUGGUCUUCCGUAGAGGUCACGCGCCUGCUGCUCUUACCAAGACUUCUGAGGACGACGUUGAGGCCGCUGGUGCAGGCAAAGCUGUUGCUGAGAAGCAGUACAACGACGCCAAUGCUGCCGAUAUUAUUCAGAAGCAGACCGCCGUGUUCCACUGGGAGGACGUUUGCUACGAUAUCAAGAUCAAGAAGGAAGACCGUAGAAUUCUGAACCACGUCGAUGGUUGGGUCAAGCCUGGUACGCUCACCGCCCUCAUGGGUGUUUCUGGUGCAGGAAAGACUACUCUUCUGGAUGUCCUUGCUACUCGUGUUACUAUGGGUGUCAUCUCUGGUGAUAUGUUUGUUGAUGGACGCCAGCGUGACGACUCCUUCCAGAGAAAGACCGGUUACGUUCAACAGCAAGAUCUUCACCUUCAAACCUCUACCGUUCGCGAGGCUCUCAACUUCAGCGCUCUCCUCCGUCAACCCGCACACAUCUCUCGCCAGGACAAGCUUGCCUAUGUCGAUGAGGUCAUCAAGCUUCUUGAUAUGGAGCCAUACGCCGAUGCUGUCGUCGGUGUUCCUGGUGAAGGUCUCAACGUCGAACAACGUAAGCGUCUGACUAUUGGUGUAGAGCUUGCCGCCAAGCCUGAACUACUCCUCUUCCUUGAUGAACCUACCUCCGGUCUCGAUUCACAGACUUCUUGGGCUAUUUGUGACCUUAUGGAGAAGCUUACCAAGUCUGGACAGGCCAUUCUCUGUACUAUUCACCAGCCCUCCGCCAUGUUGUUCCAGCGUUUCGACCGUCUUCUUUUCCUUGCCAAGGGUGGCAGAACCGUCUACUUUGGUGAAGUUGGCAAGAACUCGAACGUCCUGACUGCUUAUUUUGAGCGCAAUGGUGCCCACAAGUGUCCUCCUGACGCCAACCCUGCCGAGUGGAUGCUCGAAGUCAUUGGUGCUGCUCCCGGAUCUCACACAGAUAUCGACUGGCACCAGACCUGGCGCGACAGCCAGGAAUACCGUGAUACCAAGGCUGAACUCGAGAGACUUCGUACCCAGCGUCCUCAGGAAACUCAGCCCUCGACCGACCCCAACGACCAGGCCAGCUACCGUGAAUUUGCUGCUCCAUUCGGUGUGCAAUUCGUCGAAGUUACCAAGCGUGUCUUUGUCCAGUACUGGAGAACUCCUAGUUACAUUUUCUCAAAGCUCGCUUUGUGCACUUUCUCGGCUCUUUUCAUUGGAUUUGUGUUCUUUAAGGCCAAGAACUCUCAGCAAGGUCUUCAGGACCAGAUGUUUAGUAUCUUCAUGUUGUUCACCAUCUUCGGUCAGCUUGUCCAGCAGAUCAUGCCUCACUUCGUCACCCAGCGUGCUCUGUACGAGGUUCGCGAGCGCCCCUCCAAGACUUACUCCUGGAAGGCAUUCAUGUUGAGCAACAUCCUCGUCGAACUGCCCUGGAACUCUCUCGGAGCUGUCAUCAUCUUCUUUUGCUUCUACUACCCUAUCGGCCUGUACCGCAACGCUGUCCCCACUCACGAAGUUACUCAACGUGGUGGUCUCUUCUUCCUGUUCGUCUGGCAGUUCCUCCUCUUCACCUCGACUUUCACCGACAUGGUCAUUUCUGGUAUGGACCUUGCCGAGACUGGUGGUAACAUUGCCAACUUGAUGUUCUCCUUGACUUUGAUUUUCUGUGGUGUCCUUGUCGGACCUACCGUCAUGCCUGGCUUCUGGAUCUUCAUGUACCGCUUGUCACCCUUCUCCUACCUGGUCGAUGGUAUGCUGUCUGUUGCAGUCGCCAAUACCAAUGUGGUCUGUGCUAGCAAUGAAUACCUCCGCUUCAGCGCACCUGCAGGCGAGAACUGCGGUACAUUCAUGGCUCCUUGGAUCGCGAGCAACGGCGGUUACCUCCAAAGCAACACGACCUCAGAAUGCGAAUUCUGCCAGAUCUCCAGCACAAACUCUUUCCUUGCCUCAGUCAGCUCUUCUUACGAUCACCGUUGGAGAAACUUCGGUAUUCUGUGGGCCUACAUCAUCUUCAACGCUGUUGCUGCUGUUGGUAUUUACUGGCUCGCACGUGUCCCCAAGAAGCCUAGGACUAAGAAGGCCAAGAAGGAGUAG